UCAGUUUAUUUUCUGUGGAUUCUGGUCAGUGGUCGUCAUUAACUCAUUAUUAAUCUGUACUCUAAAAUGUUUAAUAAUUUUAUAUUCAUUUUGAAAGCAAACUUUUUAUUUCAUUAAUCUAGUGCAAUUCAUAUUUCAUUGUGUUAAAGUAGAUUUUAACUGUAUUCCGUACUUGUGCUUUAAAUUAGUGAAAAAAGAAUUGGAUGAACGAGGGACACGUGCACAGUAUUGGUGAAUGGCAGAAAACAGCGAAUACAAUAUGAUCAUAUCAUACGAUAUACCUACACCAUAAGAAUAUAUAUGAUUUAUUAUCUAUAUAUUCGUCCUUAUAAACUGCAGACCGACCUACCACCUGCACCAUAUAUCGAUCGAGAGUCGAGACCAGUGAUCGUUGAACUAUUACGUGAGUAGGUGAAUAUAAGAGAAAAAUAAGUAUUACCGGAUAAAACCGUCGAGGAAAAAAAAGAUGUCGUUUUCGUCACCGUCGCAGUCGAAUGCACAGUCGGUAGAGGAAAACGUGGCCAAGUUCGAGACGUUCAUUAACGACGUGCUCAAGGACAGCCUAAAGCAGAUAUCGGCCGCUCUUGAUGUGAUCAACGAGCAGAUUUCGGAACUGGAAGCUGUGCGCAACACCGUGGAAACAAUGUGCAUGCUGGAAGGCGAACUUCCAGCCGGCAAGCCAUUAAAGACCCGUGUCAAUGUGGGAUGCGACUAUUUCAUGCAGGCCAACGCGGACAUCCGGACGUUCUUGGUAUGCGUGGGGCUGAACUAUUAUGUCGAGUACACCAAGGAAGAGACACUGGCUCAUGUCCGGAUCCGUUCCAAAUUGCUCAAGGAGCGAGCAGACGAACUCCGGGACAAGGGGGCUCGGGUCCGAUCUCAAAUCACCUUGGCCUUGCACUGCAUACAAGAAGUGCAAGGCUUAUAGUGACGGGCGUGGUCAUAUCGUAAAAGACUGCACUUGCAUGUCACAUACAUCAACGAUGAAUGCGCACUGCAAACGAAUGACCGCGGCAUGCCGUGCAUGCAAACGUUAACGAAUCCAUAAUAAUUGUCGCUUCGUUAUAUUUUUAAAAUAUCAUUUUAAUGAAAUAUUUCAACACGAAUAUUGUAGAAACACUUCUUUUUUUAAUAUAUAUAUUUUUGAAUUGUA